AUGCAGAGGGUGGAAAACCUUUCUUCGUGGAAACAGGUGAACGACAAAAGCGUGAGUGCAGUCCUUUUCCAGAAAAAGAAAAACCUGAACAAGAUCAUCGCCUAUGCCAUCAAAUCCUUAUCACCGGUUGAAGUAAAAUUCAACAGUUAUUCUGAUUAUAUUCGUAAUAGCUUUGUGGAGUAUUUCCCCGGAUGGAAAAGAUCCAACAUGAUGAGAAGCAACAACAAGCCAGUCAAGGAUGGUAAGAUGUUUUGCAAAAUCGAUGAAAUGGUUAUUAUCCACAAUCUUACCAUUUACUGGAAAAAUGUGAAGGGUCAUUCAAAGUAUCCAGGUAUGGAUAAGAAAGGGAAUGAUCUAGCAGACUCCCUCGAUAAACAAGCAGCCAUCAAUGGAGAAGUUUUGGAUGUGGAUGAUCUCAUGGAAACUGGAUGA